AUGGAGGACAACGCAGAGCUCGAAUCGUUUCGGCGCCAGUGGCGUGAGGAAGUUGCGCGCCGGGCGAAGCCAUCGAGGCCUCAACCAGCGCAGCCCAGGCCAACAAAACCCUCCGCAGCUCCGUCGAGCCAAUUCCCGCCUACCCACCAUGAAGUAGCGGAGCGCAAAGAUGAGGAAGAUGGUGGAGUGGCAUCGGUCGACCAUAGUGAGAUUGUCCAUGGAGUCGGUCAUCUGAGCUUAGGAGUAGCGGAUGAGGAUGCGUUUCACUCGCGAGUCCCUCGAAGUGAGCCCAAGUCUGCAUUGGAGCACUUUGAAAGAGCGGUCGAGAAGGAGGCCGAGGGAAACCUCGGAGACAGUCUGCAACAUUAUCGGAAAGCUUACCGUUUAGAUGCAGCAGUCGAUAAGACGUACCGAAACAAGCAUUUCGCCUGGGCAUGGAAGAAGAAUGCGCAGCCACCUGCCAAUGCUGCGGUCAGCAGUGCCACGGCAACACAACCAGCUGCAGAUGAACCCGAGAUCAUACCAACCCCGGAACUCAUCGCUUCCUUUGCUCAUCUUCCUAUCCCGCAGGCCGAGCCCUUGAUCGAGAAUACCCCUCCGCCGCCAUGCCCUAUUUCGAAGGUUCCGUCCGAGGUUCUGGUCGAGAUCUUGAGACAUGUGGCUGUGAUAGAUCCGGCAUCCUUCUGUCGAGUAGCGCUCGUUUGUAAGAGACUGGCAUAUCAUUUUGCACAUGAGCAGCACAUCUGGAAACGCCUUUGCCAGGGCUCCGAGUUCGGAUUCAAGGCCAUGCACUAUUCUUUUGCUUGUGACAUUCAUGGCAUACCGGAGUACACGCUAGGACCGCGGUACACACCUUUUCCUCGAUCAAUGCCCGUUCAAAUUCCGGAACCAUUAUCGUCUUGGGCGGAGGUCUUCCAAAUCUUCCCUCGCAUUCGGUUUACCGGUAUCUACAUUAGUACUGUGAACUACACCCGUCCCGGUGCAGCCUCGGUGUACCAGAACACCUCGUGGAACAGCCCUAUUCACAUCGUGACCUACUACCGCUAUCUGCGCUUCUAUCCGGACGGGACAGUUGUCUAUCUACUCACCACAGUCGAGCCAUUGGAGGUGGUGCCCUACAUCAGCAAGGAAAACGUCAAGGCGGCACGGGCAAUCUCCCAGAAGCAGUUCCAUCGUCAUAUGGCAGACCCAAGCAACACCAUCACGGGCCCUACCGAUACCAUCCCUCCCGUCGCCAUGGGUGCGCUGAGGCAAGCUUAUAGAGGUCGUUGGCGCUUGGCCAAACCGGCCCCCGCCUCUGAUGCAGCCGACGACAUUCCCCAGGACGAUCUCAUCUCUGGAUAUGAGUCCCUGCCCGUCAAGGCUCAAUCUGCAGGCGCACCACCUGAUCCUCGCGAUCUUGUCAUUGAAACAGAGGGAGCCGGACCGAAGUACAUGUACCUCUUGCACCUCUCGCUUCGGUCGGUGUCAGCAGCCAAACCGGCUAACGCUAAUAUGACGCCACCCAAUCCGUCCAAAAACACCAAGCUGGCAUGGAAGGGCUACUGGAGUUACAACAGGCUGACUGACGACUGGGCGGAAUUCGGGCUCAAGAACGACCGGGCGUUUGUGUUCCGACGAGUACGCGGCUGGGGUAUGAAUUGA